AUGGCCACCUCAAGCUACAUCCUUCUCCUCUUCCUUAUCUCCACCGUCUCAUCCCUCGCUGCCGCCGCUUCUCAACUGUCAAUGACACCGCAAGAUCAGCAACACGCAGACAGGAUCAUCGAAGCGAUGAUCGGAUCCGGAGAUUUCCGCGACUGGGCCGCCGACUUCCUCUCCGCCGUCGACGACCAGUUCGGGAUUCCUCUCUCCGCCACAAUGUUCAUCCCCAGCGAUUUCGACGCCGCCGACGUAUCCUCCUCCACCGGCGGCUCUAACUCCGGUCGUCUCUCCGUCGCUUACCACAUCGUCCCUCAGCGUCUCUCGUUCGCCGAUCUCCGUCUCAUGAAACCUCUCUCUCGUCUUCCGACUCUCCUCCGCGGAAACUCGAUCGUCGUCACGAACAGCUCUGCUUCCUGUUUCACACUCGACGGAGUUCUCGUCUCCGAACCAGAUCUCUUCCUCUCUUCCUCGAUCGCCAUUCACGGCGUUGCUUCGUCGCUUGAUUUCUCUCGUUACGGCGAACUCGGUAACGGCGAUCUCGGAAACGGCGGCGAUACAACUUUAGCCGAUAGUCUCCGUCCUUGGUCUCAUCGUAAUCGUAUUCGUCAUCGCCCUGAACCAGAAUCCAACACUAAUCAAACCUCUGCUUCUUCCGUCUCCAUUGCACAUUUCUCAUCAUUGUUUCCACUGGCUCUUGCUUUACUCUGA